AUGUCCGGAGCAGACGCCGCCGUGGACGCCCAUCCGAACGACAACUCAACACCACCGCCCGCUAGCAUCACCAUUCCUGGCCCAGCUGGUCACGAGAGCGUCUUCGUCCAUCCAUCGUCUUACUUGCGCCCUCGCAGCCAUGCCCGGCCAACAACCCCAUCGGACACCACCCCACUCGAUGUCGAGCAGACCGAGGGCCUGCGUGCGAUCCGAGCGUUCCUUAAAGUAAGAACGAGCUACGACGUCCUCCCUCUGAGCUUCCGGCUCAUCAUCUUCGACACUGCGCUCCUUGUGAAGAAGAGCCUGAACAUCCUCAUCCAGAAUGACAUCGUAUCCGCGCCGCUGUGGGACUCGAAGACGUCGACGUUCGCCGGCCUACUGACGACCUCCGACUACAUCAACGUCAUCCAGUACUACUGGCAGAAUCCGGAUGCCCUGGCCCAGAUCGACCAGUUCCGCCUCGACAGCCUGCGCGCAGACAUCGAGAAGGCUCUGGGGGUCGCCCCGAUCGAGACCGUAUCAAUUGCGCCGAGCCGGCCGCUGUACGAAGCAUGUCGGAAGAUGCUGGAAUCCCGUGCGAGGAGGAUACCCCUGGUCGACGUGGACGACGAGACAAAGCGGAACAUGGUCGUCAGUGUCGUGACGCAGUACAGGAUUUUGAAGUUCGUGGCGGUCAAUGUGAAAGAGCUGCAGAUGUUGAAGAAGCCGUUGAAAGAUAUCGGUUUGGGCACGUACGAUGAUGUCCAGACUGCACAUAUGGAUACGCCUGUCAUGGACGUGAUCCACAUGCUGGUAAAGAAAAGCAUAUCGAGCGUACCAAUCCUGGAUAAAGACGGCAUACUGAUCAACGUUUUCGAAGCUGUAGAUGUCAUUACAUUGAUAAAAGGAGGUGUGUACGACGACUUGAAUCUCAGCGUGGGCGAUGCAUUGCUCAAGCGGUCAGAUGACUUUGCGGGCAUCUACACCUGCUCUCUGUACGAUAACCUGGCUACGAUCUUUGACACGAUCCGUAAGUCACGGGUGCAUAGGCUGGCUGUCAUCGACGAGAACAACCAUCUUAAAGGCGUUCUCACAUUAAGCGACAUUUUGGAAUACAUUUUGCUAGAGGGAGAGGCCGAGGAACACUGA